AUGUCACGGAAACCGGCCGAUGUGGCAUCCAAGGAGCGCAACGAGUACAUUCCCUCCUUCAUCUCGAAAAAGCCGUUCUAUAUCGACGAUGACUCUACCAAUGACUACCUGGAGCACCAACGUUUACACAAGACAACCCCCGACCAAUCGAAAUGGUACGAGCGAGGAAAGCGCGCCGGCCCAGCCGCAACUAAGUACCGAAAAGGCGCAUGCGAGAACUGCGGCGCGAUGACGCACAAGACCAAAGAAUGCUUGAGUCGACCGCGAAAGCAAGGUGCCAAGUGGACUGGCAAAGAUAUUCAAGCGGAUGAAGUCCUUCAGAAAGUUGAUCUCGGGUGGGAUGCCAAACGAGAUCGGUGGAACGGCUACGAUGCCGGGGAAUAUCGCCAGGUAGUUGAAGAAUAUGAGGAGAUGGAGUCGAUCAAGCGGAUGGCCAAAGAGGGUCAAGACCGUAAAAGACUCCAGGAUGGUGAGGAUGGAGACGAGGGACUCGAAGAGGACAUCCGCUACGCCGAAGAGUCUGAUAUGGGUCGGCAACAAAGCACGGCAACCCGCAACCUUCGGAUUCGAGAGGAUACCGCCAAGUACCUGCUAAACUUGGACCUUGACUCGGCCAAAUACGACCCGAAGACGCGGCGAAUGGUGGACAUGGGUGCGCAAGACGACCAGGCCGCGGCGCUGGUUGCGGAGGAAAAUUUUGUUCGUGCUUCAGGAGAUGCUGCCGAAUUUGAGAAAGCCCAAAACUAUGCGUGGGAGUCUCAGGAGAAAGGUCGCCCCCAGCUCCACCUCCAGGCGAACCCGACAUCCGGAGAGGUUCUACGAAAGAAGGAGAAGGAGAAUACCGACGCCAAGAAACAAGCACAGCGGAAGGCUCUUCUGGACAAGUAUGGUGGUGACGAGCAUUUACAACCGACUCCACUACGAGACACCAUAGUCGUUGAAAAUGAGCGGUUCGUGGAAUAUGAUGAGAGCGGUGCCAUCAAGGGGGCACCUAAGAAAGCGACCAAAUCCAAGUACCCCGAGGAUGUCAUGGUCAACAACCACAACUCGGUCUGGGGCAGCUGGUGGUACGACUUCAAAUGGGGUUACGCAUGCUGUUUCUCCACGGUGAAGAAUAGCUACUGCACCGGAGACGAGGGCAAGAAAGCCUUUGAAGAAGAGGGCAAUAUGCUAAUGCUCCCUGGUGUUGACGACAACGACGAGGAGCCGCAAACUGAAGACCCAAGUCACUCGCACGACCUUGAAGAUUCGAAGAAACAGGAUCAAGACAAGGAAUCGGGGACCAAUGAAAAGAAGCGGACAUUGAUGGAGCUCCAGUCUGGAAUUACGGAGGAAGAGAUCGAAUCAUACAAGCGAAGUCGGCUUGCAGCCGAGGAUCCAAUGGCGAAUUUCAUCGGAAAGGAUUGA